AUGUUUUAUUUUUCAUUAUUAUUGAAAAGUGAAAUUCAAAAUGGAUACUUGAUGAGAAGCAUGAUUGCAGGAGUUACGAUUUUUGAAAUUGUAUUGAGCUUUGUUAUAAUUCAAGUAAUAUUUUCAAUAAUUCAAGCAUUUUCUUUAUUUUUUCUGGCGGAUUUUCUACUGUAUAUUAGCUGGGAAAGUUCCUUGUUACUAAUUAUCCAGUUAAAUAUUGCCAUCGGUAUCUGUGGAAUGAGCAUUGGUUUACUCAUCGGUUCAUUCACUAACAGUUCAAUCCAAUCAUUUUAUAUAACACUGUUGGUGUGCUUAGUGAAUAUAAUGUUGAGUGGUAUUUUUUGGCCAAUAAAAAAUACAGAAUUGGCUCUACUACCUAUUUCAAUCAUAUUACCAUUAUCUAUGCCGAUUCAAGCAGUUAAAGCUAUAUUGAUCCAAGGACAUAAAUUUGAUUCAAACGAUAUUCUUUUAGCAGGAAUGUUCGAACUUCCUAAUUCUAUUCUGUGA